CCCCAUUCGAAAGCUUGUGAUCCCAACACACUAGAUCGCUUUGCAGAAACCUGGAUGGAAGGUAGGAUGCUGCAUCGCUUCGUUCCUAAGAAGAACUUAAGAACUGCAAAGGUACCCAGAACCUGCUCCAUCUCCUUGCAAUAAAUUAAGGAAUCCCAGAUUUUUUUCCCCCUCCCCUCAAAAAAAAAGAAAGAAAAAAAAAGAAGUUGGUAUUUUGCAAAGGGGGGCGGGAGGGGGGGCGAGAGACAGUGAGAGAGAGAGCAAGCCAGACGGAGGCGAUUAAAGGGAAGAUGACCUCUCCCACCCACCCCCAGACAUUUUAAGAAACAUGCCAAAAUAAAAAAAAGGAGAAAUGAGCCGGGGUCCUUCUUCUUAAAAGCAUCAAAGCGCUGCAAAAGAAAAGAAAAGAAGAAGAAAAAAAAUAGGCGAGAAAGGAAAGAAAGAAAGAAAAAAUCUCCCAGCAAAAAAAAAAAAAAAAAGGGAAGAAAGGAGGAGGUUAAACCGAGCGCCAAUCAAGUAAAAUGCAAGUUUCAGAGGUAGCAGCGCUUGUAGUUGCCCUUAUUGGGGUUUGUGUCUGGACGGAGGACGGGAGCAAAGUUAUCUCGGAUCGCUAUGCGGUGUACUGGAACAAAACCAAUCCUAGAUUCCACCAAGGGGAUUACACCGUGGAGGUCAGCAUCAACGAUUACCUGGACAUAUACUGCCCGCAUUAUGAGAUCCCGUUUCCCAUGGACCAGAUGGAGCGAUACAUUUUGUACAUGGUCAACUACGAGGGACACAGCUCCUGCGACCAUCGGCAGAAUGGCUUCAAACGCUGGGAAUGUAAUCGGCCGGAUUCACCCAACGGGCCCCUCAAGUUCUCCGAGAAGUUCCAGCUUUUUACCCCUUUCUCCUUAGGAUUCGAAUUCAGACCAGGGCACGAGUAUUACUACAUUUCCGCCACGCCACCUAAUCUGGUUGACAAACCCUGCUUAAAGUUGAAGGUUUAUGUUCGGCCAACAAACGAUUCCCUCUACGAAUCGCCAGAGCCCAUUUUCACCAGCAAUAAUUCCUGCUGCAGCUUCACCGUUCCCGAUGCCUUCUUCGUGGUGGUGCCGAUGUUUUGGACUAUCCUCGCUUCCUAGCCCCCGGCGGAAUUGCAGACGAGAAAAAAGGGGGGGUUUUCUUUUACGGCGGCAGCUGCAAAAACCAAGGGGGGGGGAGGAGGAAACGUAUCGGAGGAAGGAAUGAGAUCGAAGAAGAGGAGUGUUUGUUACCGGAUCAGAAACGAUACACUUGGGAUGGGGGUGUGUGGGGGUGUUGCAAGGAUUUUGAUCUCCGACCUCUGCCAACGUCAAGCGAAGAAGGGGCCCUGGAUUUCCUGUCUUUGCCUUUGGGUCUCCUGAAAAAAAAACAACACCCCAAACUGAGCCAACUCCACCCCCCCCCCCAAGUCUGAUGCAGUACAGAGGAAAGGAAAAAGAGGCUCAAAAAAAAGUUUUUUUAAAAAAAACAACAACAACCUGUGACAUGGGGAGCUGAGCUGGUUUUAUAUUUCAAAAACAAAACAACACAGACCUCUUAUCAAGCCAGCUGGUUUAAAAAAAACACCCCCAAACCCCUUUAGAUUAAUCCUCCGUGGAGUUUUUCUUUUUAAAAUCUCUAGACCAAAUAUAGUCGUUUUUUUAUUUUCUUAUUUUUCUUAGCUUAACCUUUUCUGUUUUUUUGUGGGUUUUGUUGUUGUUGUUUUUUUGGGAGGGUACGUGUGCGUGUGUCUAUUCUAGACUUUUUCCACAACUGGAACUCAAAAAAGAGACAUCGCAAUGAGGGGGGAGGGGGAGAAAGCAGAAAGGAUAUAUGAGGUGUUGGUGCCUCAUAUUUUUUUCUUUUUUUUAUUUGAGAAGGGGUUGGGUGGGUUUGAGGGAUAUCCUUUACAUUCCCUUUGAUGUGGGUUUUUUUUUUUUUGGCUUGACUAUGACGAUGUAGAGUCGAGGGCAACGGUGGAACCUCUCGCGGUGACCAAAUUACAUUUUUUUUGUGAUGGUGGAAACCCCUUAACGAAGAGAGCCACCAACUGUAACGAGACCAUUUCUUCAAAAACAAACAAAAAAGAUACCUUGAGGACUAGAAUACUGUUUAUGCCAAAACCUGUUACUCCUUCGGAUUUCUUUGUUGUCAUAUUCCAUGGGUAUCGCAGGCUCACUGCCACUUGGAAAAGAAAAGAAGAAAAGGAAAAAAAGAAAAGAAAAGAAAAAUAGAUUAAUAAAAAGAGCAUCUCAUA